AUGUCUGACUUGGAAUCCCAGCAACCUCGCGACCACACUCUUGUGGUGGAACAGAACAAUAACGCCAACUCCGGUGCCGCCCAAACAUCCCAUCCUAAUGUUACCAGGAUUUUACAUGAUGAUGAGUACAUCCACUUUGGCAACGAAAAAUACACCAAGUCCGACUUGGUCUCUGCAUUUGGCGGUACCCUUAAUCCAGGUUUGAGUCCUCCUCCUAAACAUGACUUGGCUAACCCUGCUCCUUUGGGCUUGUGUGGUUUCGCCUUGACUACCUUCGUUUUGUCUCUUAUUAACUGUGAGGCCCAUGGUGUUUCUAUUCCUAACAUUGUUGUCGGUUUGGCUUUCUUUUACGGUGGUGCUGCCCAGUUCCUUGCUGGUAUGUUUGAAAUUGCUGUUGGCAACACCUUUGGUGGUGUGGCUUUGUCCUCGUACGCUGCCUUCUGGUGCUCCUGGGCUGCCAUCCAAAUUGACUCUUUUGGCAUUACUGCCGCUUUUGAAGACGAUGAAACGUCACUUAACUAUGCUCUAGGCAUAUUUAUGGUUGGCUGGUUUAUCUUUACGUUCUUCUUGUGUGUGCUCACGUUGAAAUCCACCUUGGCAUUCUUCUUGUUGUUUUUCUUCUUGAGUAUUACUUUCUUGUUGCUAGCAAUCGCUGAAUUUAAUGGUUCUACUGCUGUCAAGAAGGCUGGCGGUGUUUUCGGUGUCAUUACGGCGUUCGUUGCAUGGUACAAUGCCUACGCGGGUAUCGCCAAUGACCAGAACUCUUACAUCACCGUCAAGGCUCUUCAGUUACCUGACUUGCAGGCCAAGCAGGACUAG